GCUAGCCAACCAGCUGGCACAGCUUCCUCGCUAGAUAUUUCCGGCCGGCCGCGGCACCCUGCGAGCAUUCUCCACCGGCAGGCGGCGGCCAAGAACGCGCUCCGAGCUAGCCGAUCCACGCGCGCGCCGGACCAGAUGGACGAUCUGGCGGCGCUGGCGCGCGGCGAGGGGUGGACGGAGGAGCGCCACGCGGCGUUCCUCGACCGCAUGGAGCUCUCCUUCGUCAGGCAGGCGCUCGGCGGCAGCGACGUGCGCCAGGCCUCCCGCAGGCUGGGACGCCGGCCAGCGGCGGCGAGUCCGGCCGAGGGCGGCGGCCAGCAGGCCCCGGCCGCCCCGCUCCCGCUCCCGCUCGACCGGCCGCUGCCCGACAGCGCCGUCGAGUCCAACCAGUCGGGGCCGGCAGCCCGGCGGCGCGCGGCCAGCCACGCGCGCCGGCCCGUGGAUCCGGCCGCUGCAGGUUGCGGUUGGUGAGGCCCCCGCCGCUCGCGCUUGCCUUUCGUACAUCGUACUGCAACUUGCAAGCGCAAGGUGAAAAAUGUACGCGUCCAGUCACUUGUUCCCGUGCAUAAGUAGCGCGUUCAACGGCUGAUGUAUAUAAUAUAAUAUAUUAUAUAUAUAUAUAUAUAUAUAUGAUCGCGCCAACAGUGAUACGAGCAUGCUAAUUGCUUGUUAGCAAAUGUGGCCUGUUUUAUUUUUGCUUUUACGCGCAAUUUAAAUUCAGUUUUUGGCAUA